CGGAGGAAGGCGUCAGAGAUCACUGUGGUACGGAGAGAGAGGGACCAGGGGAGAAAAGUCACUGUGUGGAGAGAUACCCUCUUCAUAGGGAUGCAACUGUUGCAAUGCUAGCAGCCAUUUUGGGUCUGGGCAUCUUCCUACACAGUCCCGAUAGGGCUCUACCCCCUUCAGCCAAGCUGUGAAGGACAGAGUCAGCUGCAGAAGGAGAACAACCUAAACCCACUGACUGCCCUCCUGAGCCCCGGCACUGCCUGCUGCCCCCUAUCCCAAGGGACUGACAGAGGGAGCUCUGGCGGGGUCAGGCUGGCCUAGGCUGCACUCACAUGCAGCCUCUCGACUCCCCCUUGGGCUUCAAGCAUCACCUUCCCUGUUCUCUGCUUUUUUACCACAGGUCAGAGCUAAAGGGCUGGGGAAAUCCAGCCACCCUCACUUCUGCCCUUUCCACUUCUGGGGGGACCAUGACCAGUACAGAGUUCUCACUGCUCACAACCCUAGGCCCUUACCCAGAUCCUGAGGAUGGUGAGGUAGAGCUGGACUGCUGGUUUAAUGAGGAGUUCAAGUUCAUCCUGCUGCCCGUGAGCUAUGCAGUUGUCUUCGCGCUGGGGCUAGGCCUCAAUGUCCCAACCAUCUGGCUCUUCCUCUUUCGCCUCCGACCCUGGGAUGCAACGGCCACCUACAUGUUCCACUUAGCCUUGUCAGACACUCUGUACGUCCUGUCGCUGCCCACCCUCAUCUACUAUUACGCAGCCCGCAACCACUGGCCCUUUGGCACGGGGCUUUGCAAGUUCAUCCGCUUUCUCUUCUAUUGGAACCUCUACUGCAGCAUCCUUUUCCUCACCUGCAUCAGCGUCUACCGCUACCUGGGCAUCUGUCACCCACUGCGGGCUCUCCGCUGGGGCUGCCCGCACCUUGCCAGCCUUCUGUGCCUGGUAGUUUGGUUGGUCGUAGCCGGCUGCCUCGUGCCCAACCUGUUCUUUGUCACAACCAGCCCCAGGGGGGACACCGUCUUGUGCCACGACACCACUCGGCCUGAGGAGUUUGACCACUAUGUGCACUUCAGCUCGGCCAUCAUGGGGCUGCUCUUUGGUGUGCCCUGCCUGGUCACUCUGGUCUGCUAUGGGCUCACGGCCCGGCGCCUGUGUCGGCCCUUGCCCGGGGCUGCCCGGUCGCCGUCUCGCCUGCGUUCUCUGCGCACCAUUGUUGUGGUGCUGACUGUCUUUGCCGUCUGCUUCAUACCCUUCCACAUCACCCGCACCAUUUAUUACUUGGCAAGGCUGUUAGAAGCUGACUGCUGGGUGCUGAACAUUGUCAACGUGGUCUACAAAGUGACUCGGCCCCUGGCCAGUGCCAACAGCUGCCUGGAUCCUGUGCUCUAUUUUCUCACUGGGGACAAGUAUCGACAUCAGCUCCGGCAACUCUGUAGGAGCGGUUGGCCCCAGCCCCCCACGGCUGCCUCCUCCCUGGCGCUCGUGUCCCUGCCUGAGGACAGCAGCUGCAGGUGGACAGCCUCCUCCCAGGACAGUGGCUGCCGUACUCCUCAGACAGAGAGACUGUGACACUGGAAGCUGGGAAGCGAGAGGAAGGGGGCGCGUUCAGGGCAGAGGAGAGGGAAUGUAACAGUGACACUUGAUCUGGUUGCUUCCUCUUUUUGUCCAGGCUCUGGAAAAAGGCCCUCACCCUGAGGUUUAGGGGGAGCCAGAGAAAUCACGGGAGACCCCAUCUUUCCCAAACCCUUCAGUUGCCCUCUCCUAUUUAGCCAAAGGUAGCAGCAGCCACUCUUUUUCCUCUGCUUCUUCUUUGUUUCUGUCCCCUUGCUGGGGCCAGUGGUCCUACCAGGCUGCCAGAAGUGUUCCCCAGUCCUCCGUCUCGUGCCCUUUCCCCCUGUAUCCUUGUAUAGCAUGUGUUCUUUUGGCCAGACCAGAGCAUGCAACUGGAGGGGUGGAGAAGCUGGGAUCAUCUCAGAAUUGGCCUGACUUAUCUGACGGUGAGAGCCAGAAUCAGGAAGUGGGGGUACCAGCAUAUCACAGAUGCCUGGGCUGUGACAUGUGUAGCACCCACACUCACUUCCUGGUUUCCUCUGGAAGACAGGAUGGUCUUGCCUGCCAAGGGGCUGAACAAGUGCCCAGAGAGCCUGUGUGCCAGGGUCCCCACGUGCAGCUGGAGGCAUGGCCCUGUUGAACUGAUGUGUGUAGCCACGAGGUAGAUAGGGAGCCCUGAGUCUUCCCAUUGGGAGGCAACCUUGAGGAGGCUCAGGGGGCAGGACCCAAGCAGAUAAUGGCCUUUGGAAUGGGAAUGGGACUGGCCCUCGUGUAUGAUGUUUGCUGAGAACAUAUUUGACAGUUCUCCCGUACUUAAUGAAAGAAAGUGUUGACGGCUCAGAACAAGAGGGAGGAGCUCUCUAGUCAAUGGCCAUGAGUUCCAUCACCAAGUAGUAGAGCCGGUUCGUGCAGAGAUUGGGGUGGUUACAGGGACCAAGGCCCAGAGCUGGCUCUUCACUGGUCUCUCAGCUUUUUCUAGCUCCUGCCCUAGAUAAAUAAUCAGUUGUGUCACCAGCUCUUUCCGAUCAGCCUUUAGGGCUUCGAGGCCAGGGCUGGGCACUGAGACUGGGCCAGCUUCCCUCAGCUUCCCACCCACUCACUCCCCUCCAGCACCAUCUUAGUGUUUAUGGGCUUCCUGGAGUAGGGGUGGGGUGUGGAACUUGGGGAGCUAACCCCUGAGCCUUGGGAAGUAAGAGUUUUGGGGCAAGCAUUCGUGAGAAGAGUAGGCUUACACUUCCUGGCACCCCUGCUAAAAUCGCUUUCCAGCCCAUUGGUCUCCUGAAUCCCCAGACUUCCUUUUUUUUUUGCCCCACCCUAUCUCUGAUCCCUUUCUUGUCUAUUGAAUUCUAAGAGGUCUGUCUUAGAAAGUGAGUUUAGGACUAGUCUACAGAAAAAAAAAUGACUUCAAUGCCCCUGAGUCCCCUUUUGCAUUCUUUUAAGUGCUCCCUCUUCCUCUCUAAUAUCCAGGCCCCUUCCGCUAGGAGUAAAUGAAUUGGCUUUCUUCUUACUAGUUUCCCAGUCUCAUGGCCACUGCCUCGAUGGUUAUGUACCCUGUUCCUCACCUCCCUUUUAUUCCUGUGACCACAGCCUCCCUGCCACCACAGCCUCCCUGCCUAUCACUUGUCCUACUCAGCAACCCCACCCAAUAAAGCUGCUGUCUUCAUCACACAGUUGACCUGGCCUCGUCCAUUUCUCCAGUCCACUCCCCUAGGCUAAAUUGAGAUUAACUGCCUAGACAUUGUGGUCUGCUACUUUUGGACUGCGUUCCCUCACCGUCUAAGUUUAAACACCUUGACUUUCACUUUGGGCCAGUGUUCUCUCUCCUAGGACUAGAGGGGAUUGUAGAUGAAGACAGAGGGCAAGGUUGGCUUGACCCACUGAAAUUUGAUGUCUUGGAACUUCAUCUAAGCCCUCAUUCCUCUGAGCUUGCCAAGUUCCUAGUGAACAUUCCAGAGCAAUUGUUUUCUGUCUUUUUUACCUUCUCAAGGUCCCAACUCCAUCCUACCUUAGGACCUCUUAAGAGUUACCUUGCCUCCUGAAAAACUGAGAAAAUCUAAUACCUCAACUUCCCUCUGUUUCAUUCACCAUAAGCUACUUUUGUGUCCAUCUUGUCUUUCUCCCUUUCUUCCCUGCAGUCCCCAGAAUAAGAGGUGGUCUUCUUUCCUGUUCAUUUGCUUAUCCCUCUUCAUCAUUUUCAGUCUCUCUUGUAACUGAUUUCAUCCCAUCUUAAAAAAAAAACAAAAACAAAACAAAACAAAACAAAACCCUCACGUAACAAAAAUAAAGCAUUACCACGGAUACCUUGACCCUGCUAGCUCUUCUGGCUGCUACUCUAUCUUAUUCAUUUCACUGUCAAAUUUCUAGUAGGAUUACCAGGAAUCCCAUUUCCUUACCACAAGGUCACCCCUUAACUCUCUGAAUCUGGUUUCCUUCCUACACUUUUCUGUAUCUAGAACACACAUUACCUCAUAAACCAGACCUUUUCUUUGCCCUCAUCCUCUUUGACUUCUCUGCUUCACUUGACCCUACUGUGUAUCUUCUUUAAAACUUCUGGGAGGAGGGGAUAGCUCAUGUGGUAAAGCACAUGCCUAGCAUGCACAAGG